AUGAAAGCGAGUAAAAACCACAAAAAUUCGGCAGAAGAUUUGCUUAUUGAAUAUAAAAAACAAGUAAUACGAGACGCAGAAAAGCUUGUUCUGGAAGAAUUUCCGAAAAAAAGUGAGCAGUUCUCUUACGAUCGUUUAGAAGAAAUCGUGCCAAAGGGCCAUAUUUCAAUACCUCUACCCGAUGAACUUCAAUCACAGGAAAAUAAUGUUUGCCAUUUUUCAUUCCCUUUAUGUACUCCAGUAUUCGAAUUUGUUGGUGGCGUUGUGAAAUGCAACGAAAAAUUGGCAGUCCUUACAGAUAUAAUGCGUCCUCUCCUACGAGAUGCAGUGGAAUCAGUCAAUCGAGUUAAAUUGUGGAUCCUUUUUUUGAUUCCUCGUAUCGAGGAUGGUAAUAAUUUUGGUGUAUCAAUUCAAGAGGACACUCUUAGUGAAGUGCGAACUGUGGAAGGAGAAGCAGCAUCGUUCUUGGAUCAGUUAUCACGUUAUUUUGUUAAUCGUGCUCGUUUAGUAACAAAAGUUGCCAAAUAUCCCCAUGUUGAGGAUUAUCGUCGGGCCAUCCUUGAUAUGGAUGAAAAGCAAUUUACGAACAUACGUUUAGUAUUAACCGAAAUGCGCAAUCAUUUUGCCACACUUCAUGACAUGAUAACAAAGAAUCUGGAAAAGAUCAAAACGCCGAGAAACAACAAUGCUGAACAUAUGUAUUAA